UUCAACACAGCUUUUAUUUUUAGUUUUGCUUUCAGUUUUCUCUCUGCAAAAUGUUUAUAUUUCAAGUACAUUAAGAUGUAACUGAAUUUACUUUAACUGAAUCUCAAAAUAACUUUAUGGGGUGAUUUGCACGUUUAAAAACAAAACGUUUUAUUCGUUUUUAUAUUUCUUUUCGUCCUUCUUUCUUUUGGUUUUUCCCCCCCCUAUAAUAUUCAUUUAAAGGAUAUAUAUUCUUAUACUUAAAAAACGGCACAAUGCUUGGCCGUAAGCAAAGUAUGAAAGGAGAUGAAGUUCUUGCAGACUAUGGAGCAGGCGAAACCUUAACUCAGCUUGGUAUAUCAGGAGAUGUGGAAUGGCUGUGGGUAAGGAGACUGUUACGUCUGUGUGCAUUACUGAGUCUGGUGUCGGUGAGCUUGAAUACUACUCGUACUUUUGAGCGUUAUGAAUACUUAUUUUAUGCUACUUUUGUAUGUGAUAUCAUUGUCACCAUUCUGUUUACAAUUGAGAUGAUUGUGAAGAUGUAUAUUCGAGGUUUUCUUAUGGGUGAUUUUUCAUAUUUAAAAGAUCGUUGGUGUCAGUUUGAUGCUACCAUGGUUUUUUUCCUUUGGAUAUCAGUUAUUUUACAGGUUUUUGAAAUGGUUCAAGUUGUGCCAAAAUUUUCAUACCUUUCAAUACUCAGAGCACCUCGCCCUCUGAUCAUGAUUCGUUUCAUUAGAGUAUUUUUGAAAUUCUCCAUGCCAAAAUCAAGAAUAAAUCAAAUCUUCAAGCGUUCAAGCCAACAAAUAUACAAUGUUACAUUAUUUUUCUUAUUCUUCAUGUCAUUGUAUGGCCUUUUGGGAGUCCAGUUUUUUGGUGAAAUGUCAAAUCAUUGUGUUGUAAAUGGUACUGAUCCAAAUAAUGUGACUCUAGAUGAUCUUGCAAUUCCCGACACUUAUUGCUCUAAUAUUCCCGAUGCUGGUUAUCAUUGUCCUGAAGGAAUGGUGUGCCUGGAACUUGAAUUGCCAAAAAGUAUAUCUGGAUUUAAUGGUUUUGAUGAUUUUGCCCAUAGUUUUUUUACUGUAUAUCAAGCUGCUUCACAAGAAGGAUGGGCUCUUCUUAUGUAUAAAGCAAUGGAUAGCUUACCAGCAUGGAGAGCUAUAUGUUAUUUUACUACUAUGAUUUUUUUCUUGGCUUGGUUAGUAAAGAAUGUUUUCAUUGCUGUGAUCACUGAAACAUUUAAUGAAAUUCGAGUUCAGUUUCAACAGAUGUGGGGAGAACGUGGUACCAUACAGACUCAAUCCACAGCACAGGUAUUAAAAGGUGAUGAUUCUGGCUGGAAACUUAUUACUGUGGAUGAAAACAAAGGUAGAGGUAAAGCUCCUCACUGUCUACAAGUUUUUCUUCAAUCUGCUGUCUUCCAAGUAAUUGUUAUGAUGGUGAAUGUGGCAAAUGCCAUUGUAGCAGCUAGUAUAAAAUUUGAGCAUGAUGGAAGACCUCGGGAAGAAUUUUAUAAACAUUACUAUUUAGCUGAAGUUGGUUUUACCAUAUUUUUUGAUCUUGAAGUAUUGUUCAAGAUAUGGUGUCUUGGAUUUCAUGGUUAUUAUAGAAGAUCGCUUCAUAAGUUCGAAUUACUGUUAGCUAUAGGAACUACUUUACACAUCAUUCCUGAUCUAUAUAUGCGUGAAUUGUCUUCCUUUCAAGUUUUAAGAAUAGUUAGGUUAAUAAAAGCAUCUCCUGUACUAGAAGAUUUUGUUUAUAAAAUAUUUGGCCCCGGAAAAAAAUUGGGUAGUCUUAUAAUAUUCACCAUGUGUUUACUUGUAAUUACUUCCAGUAUCAGUAUGCAGCUAUUUUGCUCUCUUGGUGAUUUUAAUAAAUUUGAAGCUUUUCCUGAAGCAUUUAUGUCAAUGUUUCAAAUUCUUACUCAAGAAGGUUGGGGAGAAGUAAUGAAUGAAACAAUGCUGAGAACGAGUAGAACAAUUGGACCUCUUGUUGCCAUAUAUUUUAUAUUGUAUCAUUUGUUUGUGACUCUGAUUGUGCUGAGUUUGUUUGUAGCUGUAAUCCUUGAUAAUUUAGAGUUGGAUGAAGAUAUUAAAAAAGUGAAGCAGUUGAAAGCCAGAGAACAAAGUGCAGGAAUCAAAGAAGGAUUACCUCUUAGAUUGUUAUUAUUUGAACGUUUUCCCGACAGUCCCCAAAUGAGUCGAUUGAAUAAAGUUCCUUCAGAAUUUAUUGUGCCAAAAGUGAGGGAAAGUUUCAUGCGUCAGUUUGUAGAAGAUCAAGCUGAAGAAUCGCCUACUAUGAAGAAAUUAAGUGAAAAUGAAGAUAACUUGGUAACUUUUCGAAAAACUAGACCAUUGAAAUUAAUGGCAUCUCCAUGUAAAGUUAGGAACACUACUAACAUAUUAAGAAAAGCCAGUGUUACUAAUAUAGUCAUUGACUCUAAUAACCAACGAUUGCUUGUUGGAGAUUCUGGUCAAAUUCCAGUUCUUGGCAAAGGCCCAAAACAAACACAAAGUCAGAAAACAAUUCGCUUGGAUCGAAGGAGUAUGAGACGAUCUAUGCGAGGCUCAAUAAAAAUCAAGCAAACAUAUGAUCAUUUGCGAGAAAAUGGUGAGGGAACUCUGAAUCCCACUGCUUCUCGAAGUCCGCAUGAUUUUGAUAUCAAGUUAUUACAACAAAAGAGACAACAAGCAGAGAUGAAGAGAAACCAAAGAGAAGAAGAUCUGAGAGAGAAUCAUCCAUAUUUUGAUACUCCUCUGUUCAUGGUGGCAAGAGAAAGUCGCUUUCGAAAAUUUUGCCAAACUAUUGUAUGGGCUCGUUAUGAUCCUCAUAUUAGAGAUCCAGUGACAGGGAAAGAACGAAAAAUCAAAUAUAAAACAUUUCAUAAUUUGCUAGGUCUUGUGACUUAUUUGGACUGGUUUAUGAUUUGGAUUACAACGCUGUGUUGCAUUUCGAUGAUGUUCGAGACGCCUCAAAAAAGAGUUAUGAAUACGGCUUUGUUGCAGGUUGCUGAAUAUAUAUUUGUGACUGCUAUGAGCCUUGAAAUUAUUCUCAAAACUCUAGCCGAUGGUUUGUUUUUUACUCCAAAGGCAUUAAUCAAAGAUGCUGCUGGUGUUAUGGAUUUUUUUAUUUUUGCUGUAAGUUUAGUAUUUUUAUGUUGGAUGCCACAGAAGGUUCCACCUCAGUCUGGAGCCCAAGUUCUAAUGAUUUUGAGAUGUGUACGACCUCUACGUAUCUUCAGUCUUGUACCUCAUAUGCGCAAAGUAGUUUAUGAACUUUGUCGUGGAUUUAAAGAAAUUCUUUUGGUCUCUGUGCUGCUUAUUGUUCUAAUGUUUGUAUUUGCUUGCUAUGGAGUUCAUAUGUUUGGAGGUCGGCUAGCUAGGUGUAAUGAUCCAGACAUAAAAUUGAGAGAAGAAUGUGUUGGAGUUUUUUGGAGAAAGAUAUUCAUCACCAAAAUGAAACUACAGCCUGGUGAAAAUGAAUCAUACCCUGCUAUGCUUGUGCCAAGAGUUUGGGCUAACCCUCGACGAUUCAACUUUGAUAACAUAGGCAAUGCUAUGCUGGCAUUGUUUGAGGUUCUUUCAUUUAAAGGUUGGCUAGACAUCCGUGAUGUAUUAUUACAACGACUUGGAACAGCUCAUGCUAUAUACAUCCAUAUCUUUGUCUUUAUGGGAUGCAUGAUUGGCCUCACAUUAUUUGUUGGUGUAGUUAUUGCAAACUAUAGUGAAAACAAGGGCACAGCAUUACUUACUGUUGACCAAAGAAGAUGGUGCGAUUUGAAGAAACGACUGAAAAUCGCCCAACCAUUACAUUUGCCACCUCGUCCGGAUAGCCACAAAUUCAGAGCUUUUAUAUAUGAUAUUACUCAAAAUAUUUAUUUCAAGCGUUUUAUUGCUGUUCUUGUUUUAGCAAAUAGCAGCUUGCUGUGUGUUAGUUGGAAAUCAGAUGAACAUCAUACGAUACCACUGGCUACAUGUUCUGCAGCAUUUACUCUACUUUUCACUAUUGAGGUCAUAAUGAAAGCAAUAGCAUUUACGCCGAGGGGCUACUGGCAGAGCAGGAGAAAUAGAUAUGACCUUCUUGUGACAGUAGUUGGCGUGAUUUGGGUUGCCACUCAUUUCAUGCUAAUGAACAACACGAGUAAUUCAAUUGGUUAUACAGUUGUUAUCCUGCGUUUUUUUACAAUUACUGGAAAGCAUGCCACUCUGAAGAUGCUAAUGCUCACUGUUGUGGUAUCUGUGUAUAAAAGCUUUUUUAUCAUCAUGGGAAUGUUUUUACUGAUUUUAUUUUACGCACUUACUGGAGUUUUGCUGUUCGGAACUGUAAAGUUUGGAGAAAACAUUGGAAGGCAAGCUAAUUUUCAAACAGCUCCUAGUGGAAUAGCUAUGUUGUUUCGUAUUGUUACAGGAGAAGAUUGGAAUAAAAUUAUGCAUGACUGCAUGUUAAGUCCUCCAUAUUGUACUCCUGGUGAAAACUAUUGGGAAACUGACUGUGGAAAUUUUACGGGAAGUCUGAUUUAUUUUUGCUCAUUCUAUGUGAUAAUUACAUACAUUGUUCUAAAUCUUUUGGUAGCUAUCAUUAUGGAGAAUUUCUCCUUAUUUUAUUCAAAUGAAGAGGAUGCUCUUCUCAGCUAUGCUGAUAUUCGAAACUUUCAAAAUACUUGGAACAUUGUGGAUAUUCAACAAAGGGGUUUGAUUCCCGUUGGAAGAGUGAAAUUCUUACUUCGAUUGCUCAAGGUAAAGGGAAGACUCGAAGUUGAUCCUGAUAGAGAUCGUCUGUUAUUCAAACAUAUGUGUUAUGAAAUGGAAAGAAUUCAUAAUGGAGAUGAUGUCACUUUUCAUGAUGUUUUGAAUAUGCUGUCGUAUCGAUCCGUAGACAUAAGAAAGGCUCUGCAGCUUGAAGAACUCUUAGCAAGGGAAGAACUUGAAUACCUUAUUGAGGAAGAAGUCGCUAAGCAAACAAUACGCCAGUGGCUGGAUAAAUGUCUCCGACGAAUCAAGGCAAAGCAACAAAAUAGUUUGAUUAACAGUUUGCGAGCUACAACUGAAGCAUUGCUUGCGGGCUCUGACAUUCUUCCAAAUAAGCCUGUUGCCUCUGAGACCAAAGAGGAAGGUAAAGAAGAGGCCGCUUCUGCCUCUGUCAGGCAUCGUAAAAAGGGCCAGCUGCCCGGAAGGUCGGACAGCAUUUCCUCCCAAGCAGGGAGAAAAUUUUUGGCCCCUUCCCUUUCUGAUGGAGCUGCAAGAGCUGAAAAAGACCGAUUUCCAACGAAAAAAUGGAAUGCUAGACAAUCAGGUUCCAAAGGCCUGCCUGACUUAAGUGAGAGCAGUGAACUAUCAUCUCCUACUCCUGAAGAAGAAGAAGGAGCUUUUCAACCACCUUCACAAAAAAUGGGUACUGUUGUUGUGGAGGUUCAAAACUGGUGGAAUACUGAACUUGGGUAUAACAGUGGUUCAGACGCUGAAGACUGAUGAAAUGAUAGAUGUGUGUUUAGAUAAAUGUUACUCUUUAUGAAAAUUUUAGCUGUAAUAAAAAUGUCUAUGUUGUGUGUA